AUGUUGCUGCACUUCCUAUUUCUGCUGGCAUUUGCGCUGACCUCGUUGGAUGCCUUCUUGCUGUACAAACAACUGGUGAAUCUGCUAACUGCUGUCAACCAGUCCACUGUGAAAGUAGCGUAUGUGGUGACUGCAGGAGGAAUUGGAAGCUUCGACUUGUAUGGCAGCGGAAUAUAUUGUUGGAUUGCCAACGAUACUGUGUUCUACGUAGCGUUCAUCGCUCCGAUGUGUGUCUGGCUGCUCUCAAAUAUAGCAGUAAUCGUACGAGUAGUAGUCUUGUUGCGCCAUCACAGAAGCAGUGCGAUAACAGGAAAGGCAAAAGACACGUCCAGUGUGUCGUAUCUACUUCGAGUCGUCGUUGCAUUGUCAGUUCUGCUAGGAAUUUCCUGGCUGUUUGGUGCCCUGGUAGCCGUCUAUGAUCACCUCGCUCUUCAAUUCAUCUUUGCCAUCACCAACACUCUGCAGGGACUGGGAAUCUUUCUACACGUGUCACGUGACGUAGACGUGCGUACCACCUGGCGAGCAUCCAUUGCAUCAGUGCUGCUGCAUUUCCCCAGGCUCACAAGCACUUCCCAGCGCUCGACCAACGUAACAGGUAGCGCAGGAUCUAUACCGAACGCCUCGACCCACCGGCCGGGCAGCAGAAGUGAAAGGAACCCCACCAUUGAAAAUCCUGCUGCAGAGGGAAGAAACCUGGAGGAUCGACAGCUUUCGGAAGAGGAUAGGCAGCUGAGUAGUCAGCAAUUAUCCAGCAUCACCAGUCUAACUCCUUUGGUUGGAAUUUCUGAUACAGGGUCCCUACAAACCACUACAUUCCGUCUCAGAAGCACAGGCGAAAUGCUGGAACUCUCAGAAACCCAGGAAGAAGGAAGUAUGGGUCAGAGAGAAGAAGAUGAAGAAGAAGACAUUGUAUGCUUACAGCCGUAUAAACCGAUGUCAGUGCUAGUCUUCUAUUCAAGUCAGUCUUCUAUUCAAACCACGUAUCUCUAUAAGAAGAAAUCAGCCUCUAGCGAUGAUCAGAAUAAUAGUAAUAAAGUUAUUAGCCCUUGCUUGUGUGUAAACGGCUAG